AUGUCAGCUAUCCCAGAAGGUUCCAAUGUUACCGUUUUGAACAAAAACGAAAAGAAAGCUAGAGAAAUGAUCAGCAAGUUAGGUUUGAAGAAGAUUGCUGGUAUUAACAGAGUCACUUUCAGAAAGAAGGACAACCAAAUCUUUGCUAUUGACAAUCCAGAAGUUUACAGAUCACAAGGUGGUAACUAUGUUGUCUUUGGUGAAGCAAAGAUUGAUAACUUCAGCCAAAAAUUAGCUGCUGCUCAAGAGAAGAUCCAAUCUGUUUCUAAGAGCCCAGAAGAAAUCCAAAAGGACAUGCAAUUGGCUGCUGACCAAGCUGGUGACGAAUCUGCUAAGCCAGCUGCUGCUGCUGAAGAAGAUGAUGAAGCUCCAGUUGAUGCUGGUGAUUUAUCUGCUGAAGAUAUCGAAUUAGUUGCUUCUCAAGCUAAUGUCUCUAAGAACAAGGCCAUCAAAGCUUUGAAAGAACACAACGGUGACAUUGUCAACGCUAUCAUGGCUUUGUCCAAGUAA